AUGCCGUUAGCCCAUGCAAACUUCUGCUCACUCUUUCGUCCUUUCACUCGUGCAUUUCUCCACUAUUCCUCAUCUCCUCCACAAGAAUCCCUUCAAGAAUCCAUACUCGCAGCAAUCGAAUCCAAGACAUACCACAAAAUACCUGACCUCCUCAAUAAUUCCUCUUCUCGAAAUCCAAAUCCAUUCUCAUCUCUCUCCACACUCUCCCCAAGCCAUAAAUCCCUCGUCAUAGACGAAAUUCUUCAGUCCUUCAUCUCCAUCCGCCCCCGCUCCCGCCCCAAUUCCGCCUACUCCCACCUCCUCUCCUACAUUCUCGACACCCCAAACCCUCUCCCUCUUGCCCUCGCCGUCAUCCAACGCACCCUCCGCUCCGGCUGUCUCCCAGUCCCACAAACCCAUCUCCUUCUCUCCAAUGCGUGGGCACUACGCCUACAAACAUCUCAAGACACCGUUCAAACCCUCCUAUCGGAAAUGAAAUCCAUCGGAUAUUCUCCGGAUUGUGGUACCUGCAACUACCUCAUUCUCUCUCUCUGCAAAGUCGAUCGCCUCGAAGAAGCUCUUGGUGUCUUGCGUGGGAUGGGGAAAGUGGGGUGUGUUCCGGAUAGGGAUAGUUUCGGUAUUUUGCUUAGUAGGAUGAGCGAGCUGAGAAUGAUUCGUGGGGUUGUGGAGAUGGUGAAGGAGAUGGUGGACGUUCACUUAUUGAGUCCGAGAAAGGAGACAGUUGUGAAAGCGGUGGAUGCUAUGAGGGCGAAUCGGGAAAUAACGAGGGCCGUUGAGAUGAUUGAGUUCUUGGAGAGUAAGGGUGUGGAUGUUGGAUUUGACGUGUAUGAGUUGGCUCUCGAGGGUUGCUUGGAGGUUCGGAGGUUCGUUUUGGCGGGAAAGUUUGCCAUUAAAAUGACUGACAAAGGGUUCAUACCAUAUAUAAGGGUGCGGCGGAGGGUUUUCGAGGGUUUGGUUAGCGUUGGAGAAACGGGGCUUGCUUCUGCUGUGAGACAGAGGUUUGCAGAGUUGAAAUCUUGA